AUGCUCCGCUCCCACUCCUUCUGCCUCCUCUUCGUCUCCAUUCUCCUCCUCCCCCUCGCCCACCCCCUCCCUGUCCUCAACUCCACCCACUCCGACCCCGAAUCAGUUGCCGUCGAAGUCCUCCGCCACAUCGAGCUCUCCCGCCGCCGCGCCCUCUCUAACCAGCAACAAUGCCUCACCGGAAACCCCAUCGAUGACUGCUGGCGCUGCUCCACAACCGACUGGCGCUCCGAUCGCCAGCGCCUCGCCGACUGCGGCAUUGGAUUUGGUCGCGAAGCUCUCGGCGGCAAGGGAGGUCGGAUCUACGUCGUCACCGACUCCUCAGAUGAGGACCCAGUAAACCCCACCCCCGGCACCCUCCGCCAUGCUGCAAUUCAAGACGAUCCACUUUGGAUUGUUUUCUCCGCCGACAUGAACAUCCGUCUAGCUGAGGAGCUUCUCGUCAACAGCUUCAAGACUCUCGACGGCCGCGGCGCCGACGUUCAUAUCUCCGGCGGCGCCUGCAUCACUCUCCAGUACGUCUCCAAUGUCAUCAUCCACAACCUCCACAUCCACGACUGUGUUCCAGCGGGCAACGCCAACGUUCGCUCCUCUCCCACCCACAGCGGCUUCCGCAGCCGAUCGGACGGCGACGGAAUCUCC